AAAUAAACUCCUCUUCACUCCUGAAACAAGAGAGCAAAGUUAGUGCUGGAAAUGAAUUGUGGCCAAAACUGGACAUUUUCACUUAGGAGUGUACUCACUUUUGUUGCCAGCAAUUUAGAAAUUCGUAGCUGUUAUUUGUGAUAUUUUAGAAAUGAAGCAAACUUCUUAAAUUUUGACAGUAAACACAAACUGCACCCGCAAUAAUAAACGAUUGUGAUGGAAGAAUCUUAAUCCAUCCUUUGUCCCUCCGCAGUGCGAUUAAUUUCAAAAGUGGCAUCAUUGUGACUAGGGAGACAGAAAGUGUCUUUUGACAAUUAAAUUAUGUAUUUCAUUCGACGUAGGGCACAUCCCUUCGUGAUUAAGCGAGCCUUGACGCAUACUUCGAAGGGGUGCGGCGCGUCUGCCGCUCCUACGAAUUCUUAUCGUCGGAUUUGUGACUUAUUACUUUUAAUUGUAUUACAGUUUAAAUCUUCAUGACAUUGACACGAUAUUUGGAGUAACUCCCAAGAUCAUAUUGCUGACCAAACGGAGUGAAAUACAUUUUGUAACAGUUUUAUAACUUGCAUUAUUUUGCAUCGCUUUUAACCGUAAAGUGACCACUGACUGCCAGUCCAGGUAAAUCAUUGCUGGAAUGCUUUUGUGGUUUAAAAAAAAAAAAAAAAAAAAAAAUCAAUAAAGGGAAAGCGUUUAAAAAGAUAACAACACGCAACCCCUCCAUAACGUCACUAUCAGCAGCCAGCUGUUAAAUCGCUUAACCUCUGCUCUCUUUUUUUCCCCCGCGCAUGAGGACACAUUACAUAACUUUUUCUUCUCCUCUCCACUUUUCCCCUCGAAAACAAAAACGCCAGCCCGAGCAGCAAAAACCUCCCCGCAAAAUCAUGAUUUUUCACGCACUUUUCCAGUGUCUGGACGUGAGCGGCUGGCUCCUGCUGAGCCUGGCGGCGCUGCUGCUGACGGACGUGGUGCGAAAUUGGAGGCCCGCCACCUUCCCGCCGGGACCCUCGGCCCUGCCCGUUCUCGGGAACCUCUUCACCGGAGUGGACUACAAGGCCAUGGACAACCUCGCAAAGGAGUACGGCCCCGUGUUCAGCUUGAGGCGAGGCAGCGAGAGGAUGGUGUUUAUCUCGGGUUACCGCAUGGUCAAAGAGGCGCUGGUCAACCAGCUGGACAGCUUCGUGGACCGGCCCGUCGUCCCGCUCUUCGAUGGGAUCUUCAAGGGGAUUGGUGUGGUGUUGAGCAACGGUUACCCGUGGAAGAAGCACAGAAAGUUUACGGUCACCCACCUGCGCUACUUUGGAGAGGGCCAGCGGUCUCUGGAGAACUACAUCAAAGUGGAAUGCAGUUUCCUGUGCGAGGCCUUAAAAGAAGAGCAAGGGAAGCCCUUCAACCCUCACUACACCCUAACCAACGCAGUGGGGAACAUCAUCUCCUCGGUGCUGUUUGGACACCGCUUCGAGUACAGCGACGGAAAUUUCCGCAAGUUUCUCGAAAUGGACAACGAGGUUAUCCUGCUCUCCGGGUCUCCGCUCACGCAGCUUUACAAUGCCUUCCCCUCGCUAUUCAACUACCUGCCGGGCCCCCACCAGACGGUCCUGGCCAACUACAAGCUGAUUGAGCUCUUCCUGCAGAAGGAAGUGGAGAAGCACCAGGCAGAGUGGAACCCAGAUCAACCUCGGGACUUCAUUGACACGUACCUCGCGGAGAUGGACAAGAUGAAGGACGACCCGCAAGCUGGCUUCAACACUGAAUCCUUAGCGGUUACCACACUGGACCUCAUGGAGGCGGGCACAGAGACAACAGCCACCACCAUGCGGUGGGCUCUGGUGUACAUGAUGCACUAUCCGGAGAUCCAAAAGAAAGUCCAGGCGGAAAUCGACAACGUGAUCGGACAAUCGCGCCAGCCCGCCAUGUCUGACAGACCGGCUAUGCCGUACACUGAAGCCGUCGUCUGUGAGAUUCAGAGGCUGGGCAACAUUAUGCCCUUGGGAUUCCCCAAGAUGGCCAGCAAGGAGGCGACACUGGGAGGAUACAUCAUCCCAAAGGGCACAGCCAUCAUCAUCGACCUGGCAUCGGUGCUUUUGGACAAGAACGAGUGGGAAACCCCCAACACCUUCAACCCGCAACACUUUCUGGAUUCAGAGGGCCACUUCCGCAGACGAGACGCCUUUCUGCCAUUUUCUGCAGGUAAGCGAGCGUGUUUGGGUGAGCAGCUGGCCCGCAUGGAACUCUUCCUCUUCUUCACGGCGCUGCUGCAACGCUUCACCUUCGUCGCCGUCCCCGACGAGAUGCCCAGCCUGGAGGGCGUCCAAGGUUUCACGCAGAGUCCCGAAGAGUUCCGGACCAUCGCUGUACCUCGCUGAUGGCCUCCCUGCCCGGAACGCAACAGCGUUUGGAGUCGUUAUCUUAUCUUCGAUUACACAUUACAGCAAUGGAUUUGAAAUAAAACGGGAUUUAACUGUGUUGACUUUCAGUUUCCAUUUGUUUUUUUUUUUGAAAAUAUAUAUGGUACACACCCAGAUAUACAGACGUAAUUUCCGGCCUAUAAGCCGUCACUUUUUUCACACGCUUUCAACCCUGCGGCUUGUGCAGUGAUGCGGCUAAAUUGUGUUUUUUUUUUUUCUAACGGCCGCAAGGGGGCACUCGAGCGGAAAAGGUAAGAGUGAGACCGGUGGAAUAUAUGUGCCGAGAAAGUGACUUUUACCGAUAUGUUUUUUUUUUAAUGGGCCCGGUUUGCGCUGUGCUAGCGUAUUACUGCCGUGUCUCAGUGACAUUUACCAGUAUAAUUUUUUAAGCGGUCUUGUUAGCGCAGUGCUAGCGUUAGCGUGUUGCUGCUGUGUUGCUGCUGCAUCUCAGUUUUUUUUUUUUAAACCGGCCAUGUUAGUGCUGUGCUACCGUAUUGCUAACGUGUAGCUGCCGCGGCUGUUUUUUUA